AUGGAACCAAUAGAUGAAGUUCAAUCAACGAAUACAGAGAUUACAAAUGUAGAAAAAGUUGUAGAAGACGACGAACAUAAAAUGGAGAUAUUACCAAAUGAUUUAAUAAGCGACGAAAUAAUAAAAGUUGUAAGCAACCCCACGUCCAUGGAAGCGAUUGAUUAUAUACCGUCAGCUACAGAUGAUAAAGUCGAUAAUAUGUCUAAUAGAUUAAAUAAUGAAAAAUUACCUACAGCAGAGGCCCUUCAGCAAAAUACUACUCCUAAAGCAAACGAAAUCACAACUCCCUCUUCUGUCGAUGAAACAUCAGAUAUGGCAACAGACGAAAUAGAAAUUACAACAGAAAUAUACUCCGACAAGAAUUGCGCUAGCAACGCAUUAUACAAAAACUUCAUUAUGUGUCUGAACAUCUGUGUUCUACUAUAUUAUAAGUCACAUUUUAAUUAG